AUGGUGCGCCAGCUGCGGAUUGCAGCGGCCACCAUCAGACACGCUGCCGUCGAACAGGCGAAGCGUGUCAAGACCUCGGUCCGGGAGGUGGAGCUGGAGCGGAUGGUCGCCGAGCUCAGGGCCCGCGUGACCGAGCUGGAAGCCCGGCUUGCGCGGGGCCCGGUCGCGCCUGCCGCGUUGCCGUCGGUGCCGCCGCCCGUCGAUCCGGCAGUAUCGGUGCCGGUGCCCCCUUCGCGGCCGAGUGCGUCCUCGACGGCGAGGUCGAGUCGGCCUGCUGCCUCGAGGCCUGCGCCCGCCGGUCCGUCGCGGAAGCCUGCGAUGGGCGGCGCGACCCUCGCGCCGAGCGUGGACGUCGAGGGCCUCAUCCGUCGCCUCUGCGGCGAGAUGGAGGUGCGCCUGGGGGCGGUCUCGCUGGCGGCCGCCGCGAGCGGGGCUCCGCAGCGGGUGCCGCGGGCCGCGCCGUGCCCUCCUGCGGGUCCCUUCCAACCUGGCCCCUCGGCGGAGGGGAGCCGCCCCGGGACAGUCAGCGGGGAGCCCGCGAAGAAGAAGAGAGGCAGGAAGAGGAGCGGGAAGAAUCAAGUGGGUGGCGCCGCUGCCCAUCCUGCUCCGGCCUUGCCGGGCCGAGACCGGCCCCGUGCCGCGCCUGCCCCGGCUGCGUCCCGGGCGAGUCCUCCGCCUGCGCCUAUCGCGCCCUCCCUGACCCGUCCGGCACCUGAGACAUGA